AAAAUAGUUAAUUUCUAAAAUUAAGAGAGUCGUCAGUCUCCUCUCCUCCUUUCUCGCUCCAAAUCUCUUUCUCCUUUUUUCCACAUUUUAGUCCACAAAUCUCCAUUUCUGUCGGUGCUCCAAGCUUUUUGUCAAGAUCCAAGCUCUCAUCAUUUUCUCCAGAUCCGAAUUCUGCAACAACAAUGACAAUUAGCAACGGAGAUGUCAAAUCUGAUACCUGCAACAAUGGUUCUUCUGAGAAGAAACCUUUCAGGAUCUUUGUUGGUUACGAUCCACGCGAAGAUCUUGCUUACCAAGUCUGUCGUCAUUCAGUCACCAAAAGAUCUUCAAUCCCUGUAGAGAUCAUACCGAUUGUUCAAUCAGAUCUUCGAAAGAAAGGUCUGUAUUGGAGAGAAAGAGGUCAGUUAGAGAGCACUGAGUUCUCUUUCUCUCGUUUCUUGACUCCUCAUUUGUCCGAUUACCAAGGUUGGGCUAUGUUCGUCGACUGCGAUUUCCUCUACCUUGCUGAUAUCAAGGAACUUACUGAUUUGAUCGAUGAUAAGUACGCGAUCAUGUGUGUUCAACAUGAUUAUACUCCUAAGGAGACUACUAAGAUGGAUGGUGCGGUUCAAACCGUGUACCCGAGGAAGAACUGGUCUUCUAUGGUGCUUUACAAUUGUGGACAUCCUAAGAACAAGACCUUGAGCCCUGAGAUUGUUAAUACUCAGACUGGUGCGUUUCUCCAUAGGUUCCAGUGGCUUGAGGACGAAGAGAUUGGGUCUAUUCCCUUUGUUUGGAACUUUCUUGAAGGGCACAAUAGGGUUGUUGAGAAGGAUCCCACCACGCAGCCUAAAGCGGUGCAUUAUACUCGAGGAGGGCCUUGGUUUGAUGCUUGGAAGGAUUGCGAGUUUGCGGAUCUCUGGCUUAAUGAGAUGGAAGAGUACAACAAAGAGAGCAAGAAAGAAGCCGAUAAUGCGAAGAAGUAGAAAGAAAGAAGUAAGAAGAAGAAGAAGAGGUAUGUUGUUACUUACCAACACGAGUAGUGCACUUCCCUAAAGAUUUCGUUACAUGGAUUACAUAUAGUUUUGGCUUUGUAGAGCCACGGAACAUUAGUCUUGUGGAGGGCUAUGAAGUUUGAUUUCAUUGAAUUCGUUAAAUCAUUUGCAACACUAAUACCAAUAUUAAGGUCAUAUGGUAUAAUAACCCUAUUCGUUUGUUUGUUGUGUUUGUACCUUUUAAUGGUAUUUUAUUUGUAUAAUUGCUCUCAAAUUAAGCAACUUAUUUGAUAUGUGACUUUAUGUAGCACUUCUUUUUAAUUGAUC